UUUUUUCAGUGGGCGAUAAGUCAGAACAGCUGUCGUUCAAACAAAAACAAAAACAAUGAAAAUUUCUCGAAAAUUGCUUGAAAACUUGUCGUAGUUUGUGAAAAGUGGUAAAUUUGUUUGGAAAAAGCCUACAAAUAUCCAUCGAUUUCAUCUUCCGUGCAGAAAAGUGAUUUCAAAUCUAGGCGUCGAGCAGCAAACGAAACCCUACCUGGGAAGGGAGCGAGGUUGAAAGAAAUUACGCAAAAAGAAAAUGUCGUUUCGGCUGCUGACGACGCGAAUUUACAAACAUGGUCGAUUGUUGGUUCAGAGCUACUUCAAACGAGACAUUCACGUCAACAUUUUGGACAACGGCCGCAACCGGAGCAUUCCCAGCGAACUCAAAGCUGGCGGAGCGCUCAAACGGCCGGAACUGACUGGCCAGCAUCUGCGGACCAACAGUUUCCUUCGCUUCGGAAACCAAGCGCGGCGCCUGUUUGUUGAUAAUGUGCUGAACCGGGUGACCAAUCCAUACUCGGCCGAGCUCCGGCAGCAGGCGGCCAAACGCCUAAUGUUCGGAGAUUCAACACCAUUUUUUGCUUUGGUAGGAGUGAGCUUGGCUUCCGGAGACGGGAUGCUUACCAAGGAUGAUGAACUGGAAGCUGUUUGCUGGGAAAUUCGGAACGCAGUAUCUAAAUUCCAAACCAAAGCGGGGGAGCAAGAGAUAGAAAAACGCCUGGACGAAGAGCUUGGUCUGGAUACUCUGAACAUCGGACCACCUCUGGCCAAAGGAUGCUCGGCAGUGGUGUACGCCGCAGCACUCAAAGAGGAAACCGAAUCCAGCAAUAGUAACACAAACGUUCCAUGUGAACCAGCUGAACCCAUCGAUUUGAAUGCCGAAACGGAACAACUUCUGUCCCCAACGCAGAACAUGGGACGAUUCGUCCAUGAUUUCGGAGGCAGUGUGGACAAUUUGCAUAGAAGCGGUCUACGAGAGAGCCCUCGGUAUAAUACUGUUGCUCCCUUACAGCGGAAUCUACGGGAUAUGGCUAUAGACGGUCUCAGACAAGCUGCCGGACAGGAUAACGAACCGAAGGUCGAGACGCAGAGAAACCGAGAAAAGAAACGAGGUCGGGUCCGGUUUGAUAGCGAAAGCAUGGCGAGCCGACGAUCCCGGCUGUUAUCUGAUGCGGUUGAUGAGUAUUUGUAUGUACAGUCGGGCGAUAGCGACCUAGUGGCUACGCUUCAUGAAUACAACAUGGACGCCACUAUGGAGGAUUACCCAUUGGCCCUUAAAAUGAUGUUCAAUUACGAUAUUCAAAGUAAUGCAAUGGCUAUUUUGAAGGCCAUGUACAAGGAGACAGUUCCGGCCAAAAGGCGGAAUGCAACGGAAGUUGACAGCUGGGAAAAAUCGCUCAUCGAACGAACGGCUUUCCUCCCUCCGCACCCGAACGUAGUCGAAAUGUACGGUGUGUUCUGUGAUCAAAUUCCGGAUUUGCACAUGUCUUCUUCGCUCUACCCGAUGGCACUACCCCCUCGUAUAAAUCCCCACGGAUACGGACGCAACAUGAGCCUCUUCCUGCUGAUGAAACGCUACAAUUGUAGCCUGCACGAUUAUUUGACCCAAACUACUACGCUCGAUCUUCGAACGCGAAUUCUACUAUUUGCACAAUUGUUGGAAGCGGUCGCCCACCUUAAUCGUUACGGGGUGGCCCAUCGUGACCUGAAGAGUGAUAACAUCUUGAUCGAGAUACGACCGAACAUGCCGCCGAACUUGGUGUUGUCAGACUUUGGGUGCUGCAUUGCCGACAAAUCCUACGGUCUGCAAUUGCCUUACUCGUCCGGGGAGAUCGAUAAAGGGGGUAAUACUGCCUUGAUGGCACCGGAAAUUAUCAACAAGCAACCGGGAACGUUUUCCGUGCUGAACUACACCAAAGCGGAUCUCUGGGCGUGUGGAGCUAUUGCUUACGAAAUUUUCGGUUUAAAAAAUCCGUUUUACGGUGGAAAGAACGAUCCCAGCACGUUGAAAAAUGUAUCUUAUAAGGAUGAUCAGCUUCCAUCCAUGAACGAGAAUGUACCGCAGGUAGUGCAGAAAUUGGUGGAAAAUAUGCUGCACAGGAAUCCAAAUGAGCGACUGAGCCCAGACGUAGCAGCCAAUGUAAUGCAGCUAUUCCUGUGGUCCCCUUCGUCUUGGAUGAAAACCGGAUUCAAUCCCUCCAGCAACGAAAUACUCCAAUGGUUGUUGAGCCUGACCACCAAAAUCUUAUGCGAAGGUCGCCUGCAGCCCGAUAACGAAACCAUGGGUCGUCGAACCUACACGGAGUAUCUGUUGAUUUCCAGCUUCUUGGCCCGCGCACGGAUUCGUCGAAUCAAGCGUGCCCUGGAUUGGAUCCAUGCUGUACAAUAGACAGACAUAAAAGCAGUGUAGUGUGAUUCAAAAAAUUAAUCCUAUUGUACAGAGCUACUUAAAGACUUGUGUGAUUUGUAUAUUUAUGUGCUUAUCGAUUGAGGGCUUAUUAUAUUAAACUUAUUCAUAACUCCACUAACGGAAAGCGAACGAGUUGGUAAUGUAGGGAAAAGCCUUGUUAUCGCGUCGAACUGUGUACAGCAGAUCAAAUGUUUAUAUUUUUUAUCGAUGCUAAAGCAACUUACUGUUAUUUAUUAUGAACUGAAAAUAUAAGUUGUAAUCAAUGUUA